AUGUUUAGAUGUAAUCAUUGCAACCGGCGGGACGGGUUUCUCAAAACGAGACGUUACACCUGAGGCAACACUAGAGAUAAUUGAAAAGAGAUGCGGUGGUUUGGAAACAGCACUUCACUUACGUUCAUUGAAAGCCACACCGUUUGCUGCUUUGUCUAGACUUUGUGCUGGUAUCUCUGGUUCUACAUUAAUUAUUAAUGUACCUGGUAGUCCAGCUGCUGUCAAGGAGUGCUUUGAAGUACUAGAGCCAUUGUUGCCUCACGCAGCGCAACUUCUGGAUGACGAAGGAACGAAGGAACAGAGAGACCAUCAACACCCAACUAAGCAGAAACAUCUGUCCCAGCAAGGUGCAAAAUAG